AUGCUGCUUUCGUCUAUGGACCCCCUCGGUUAUUAUACGAUGCUCAAAGAGAAUGACUUUUUGGAACUUGACGCCUCUUCCAGUGUUACUGGUCAUGACGGGUACGCACUUCCGCCUGAGGACAUGGGCGUUGUAUCGUACAUGAAUGAAGAGAAUAGUCCAAAAAAUGGCACGAAAUCGUCGCUAUACAAAACGGAACUUUGCAAACGCUUUUCAGAAUUUGGCAAUUGUCGCUAUGGAGCAAAGUGCCAAUUUGCUCAUGGUAUUGCCGAACUCCGUCAUGUUGUACGUCAUCCCAAGUACAAAACUACUAAAUGCAAGUCUUAUUGGGGAUCGGGUCAUUGCCCUUACGGCAGUCGUUGUCGCUUUAUUCACGAAGAGACCGAGGGUUACGUGCAGCCGCAGUACAGUCCUCCGAGUCAUUUAGGAGGCGGCAUGUUCUUUAACGAGAAGGAAUGUCUUGGCGGUCUGGGUGCUAGUGUUAUGGCCUCAUCUCAGUCGUCUGUGGAUUUCAGCUAUGGGGGUGGUCUUUACAAUGAGCAGCCUAACCCUUCUCAUCUUCAUCAACUUCGUUCGCAUCAUCAUCACCAGGUGAUGUCUAUUUACCCUAAAGAAAAUUACUCUCUCUUGUCCUCGCUGGACAAGGGCUCCUCGUGGGGAGUACCGGGCAUGUCUUCCUCCGCCAAUCACCACCCUAAUUAUGCUGGUGCGCAGUAUGGCAGUGCCUCUCUUAAACAGCAGGGCUUGCUCGGCAGCAUUGGUCUGCAUUCUGCUCAGCAGCGAGCCUCUCCGGUGAAUAACGCUGCCAAUAGUGCAUCGUCACCGAGCUACCCGGACCUCCAGGAUGCCAUCGACGCAUUGAUGAAGUUUUCUUUGACCCAGGACGACGAUGACGAGCUCAGCACGGACACCGUCUCCACGCCUGAGAGUACCCCAACCCAAACUGGUCGUGGACGCUGCCUUUCUGGUGUCUCUUCGCCAUCUCUCGCCUCAUCUUCGACGAAGACGACCUCUAAGAAAAAGCCGGAGUUCUCCCUUCAGUCAGACGAACUAUGGAAAGACUUUCCGACUGCAUCGUCGACGUCUUUUACCGUUGACGAUCUGCAAACUCAGCCGUGGUCUACAGGACUGUCACUGAGUCUUGACAGCAAAUUAUUUGAUAGCACUGCAGCUGCUGGUGAGGAUUCUAUGGAUGCCUCUGGUAGUUGUAGUGAGGACGAGGAGAGCCCCCGACUGAGCGUGUUCGAGCGUUUUCAUUAA